GGCGAUAAUCGUUAAUAAAGUCAACGUUUACUCACAAUUUAUGAACACAAUUAAAAAGUGAACACAAUUAGCGAAUCGAUGCCUAAAUUCAAAACGUGUUCGUUUAGCGGAUGCCUGACUAACGCCAGAGACAAUCCCGGCGUCUCUUUCUUCAGGUACCCGACGAAAGACCCGCAAAGAUGCCUUCUAUGGGUCCGCGCGUCCAAUAAUGAUGUGAUUAGUGGCCAAUACCUGAGCGGAGGCCACAUUUCGGACAACGAAACGGUGUGUGAACUGCACUUCAGUCUCGAAGACAUAACCGUCUAUUCGUCGCGAAAUGGUCUCGAAGACAUAACCGUCUAUUCGUCGCGAAAAUUGUUGGCCACAAACGCCGUCCCCAUCGAUGAGGUCCGUACGGCUGUCCCACUCCAGGCCAACACCACUGCCGACACUAAUUAUGGCCACAGCUAUAAAAGUGGCAAAACGUUUGCCUCCCAUAAAGUGAACAAAAAAAGUUUUGCCCAAAAAACUAUCCGAAAGUAUAACAAGAGUUUCGCGAAACCCAAGUCUUUAAAGCCAUUAUCUAUUCUAAAAUCACCCAAAAGUGCGAAAAACAGUUUAGAGAUCAUUGAAAUCAAUGGCAACUAUAAAGCGGGAGAAAGCGCUAAAAAGCGGAAAAAGACAUCAAAUACUAAUUGCAUUGAAAUUAUUGAAUUAGAAGACUAUAGGGAGGGAACCGAUGACAGAGAGUAUGGUUCCGGCAGUGCUUCCGAAAGCUAUAAUAACGGUAAUAAUAACGGCUUUCUUAUGGCACACGAAUUGAAUCAAUUGGAUGCCAAAAAUGAUUGCUGUGGCGCUGAGAAGAAUAAAAACAAUAUCGAUAUCAUGUGUUGUGAGAACGAAAAGUGCUGUUUCGAUAAGACAGCGGCUCCCGAGCAGAUCCAAUGUUUCUAUGGACUGGUAGGGAGUGGUGACAAAAACAAGAUGCCUCACUAUACUGUCACCCAAGUGGACAAAGUGACAGCCAAACUGAAGCCUGCAAUUGCAUCGAUGCCCAGAUAUUUACAGAAACCCGAUCCCAAAGCGGAUCCCAAGGACGGGCCCAUCAUUUUCCCUGAACUGGAUCUUCAAAUAACAUAUUUUAAAAACGAGUACUUUGUUAUAGAAAUUAAACCAAAUAAAGAUAACGAGACAGAAGAUUAUCAAAUACCGACCGGUUUGAAACAGUUUGACAAAAAUGAAACAAUUCAUUCGUCAAGUAAGCCAAGCGAUGCUGAGAUAACAUUGGUCUCGACCACUAAAGCCAACUGCAAGGACUGCUUUAUGCUAAGCGUGAAGCGCAGAAAUGGCAGUCAAAUCAUAUUCAAUACGGGAGACUUCACACCAUUCCUCUACAGCAGAGGACUUAUUGAGAUCACCACUCUUUUGCCCAAUGAAUAUAUAUACGGUUUGGGACAAUCACCUUCUCGGAGCUUCAAACACAACAUGUCCUAUCCUGAAAAUUGGAUGGCAUUUAAUAAAUACAACCUGAAUAUGACGGGCGAUGAGAAGAGUUGGUUCGGUUCGCACCCGAUAUACAUGGGAUGGACUAAUGAUAAGCCCGAUAAGAAGGCUUAUGGCGUACUUCUGGAGAACACGUUUCCCAUUGAAUUAGUCACUAAUAGUCGACCGAGUCUUACAUUCAGAGCAAUGGGCGGACACUUGAAGUUUCACUUCUUUAUGGGUCCCGAACCGAGUGAUGUCUACAAACAGAUAUCGGAUGUGAUCGGACGGCCAGCGAUGCCCCCGUACUGGGGUCUGGGCUUUCAUAUGUGUCGCACCGAAACCGAAGAGGGAAAGGGAACCAAAGCUAUUGAAGAAAUGAUCGGUAAUGACAUACCAUUCGAGUCCGACUGCGGGAGCGCCGCCUUCUCCGGUCAACUCUUAGAGCAGGCGCCCAUUGAUCUGUCCAAAACAUUCAAGCAAAAUAAAAUAGCGCCUGAUCACAGCAUCCGAGCGCUGUUAGUACAGGUGCCCUAUAGGAAACUCGAUGAUAAAGUGGUCGAAUGGCAAUCCUUUCUACUCCAAAACGAUGCCAAUCCUUCCAAGCCUUUUGAGGGCCAGUUCUUCGACUGGUGGAAGAAUUCUGACGAAAAAGAUAAUCUAACGGUUGUGUACCCGAUAUAUAUGGACGUCGGCGCUAAGAGUACUGCCAAUCUAUUGGAAGCAGAAUUGACAAAAAUCUAUGGCAUAAGCGAUGAAUUCGAUGGAAUCGAUGGCAUAUUCCUCGACUAUAACACGCCAAUCGAUUUGACGCCCAAUGUCGCUUUCUCCCGCUUUAUAGUUGCCAUUGAUUUCAAUGAUCUCUAA